AUGGGAACAUUCGACCAAGAAUUACCCAAGCGCUUGGAUGCAUCUCAUAAAUUGCUCAUUGAAUUUCUCACUGAACGCAUUCACAAAGAGAUUCCAUCCUCAGACAGCAGUGACAGUAGUCGAAAGGUGAGCAAACGACGCCAUCGCAAGAUUGUCACCAAUGUUUCUGAUGCCAGCAAAACGCUUCCAGAAAAUAAUAAAACUCGUAAACGACAGCGCGUCGAUAAAAAUAAUAAUACCGAAGUGUCUGGAAAGCGUACAAAGGCAAACGGUGAGAAGCGUCAAGUGAGGAAAUCAAGGUGGACUCCUUCUCAGCAGUCGAUUCUUGAAGAGUACUUCGAG